GAAACCCUAGUGUCUAGUUACCUAAACUCCAAACCGUAUACAUAGUACGUCCAAAAACGAAACGCAUUAACACCGUUUUCAAUUACACGUGCACGACAAUUGCACUCUUCCAAACGUCUUUGUAAAUACAACCUACACGUAUAUACAUCUAUACAAAUAUACUCACCGUUGUGUGUGUGUGUGCGUGUGCGUGUGCGUUUCAACGUUCGAUCAAUUCGAAUAGUUUCUUGUCGUUCCAAGUGUCGUGGUCAACGCUUCAAAAUGGUUUCCGUACAAAGGGUAUUGAUCGUCUUGUGCGUCGUCCUCUGCCACCUGAUGAUCGCGUCGGCUCAGUUCGACUUCGGUGACUUUUUGGCGCCCGCACAACAGCAGCCAAGCAACCGGGACCCGAGAGAAAACCGAGGACCAGUCACGUUCCCGGUCACACAACCGGGUUCAGAAACGAGCGGCGUAAUAGUGGGCGCUUCGGGUUUCGGAUUCGUACCGCCCGGCGGCAACAAACGACCACAAGGUCAGGGCCUUUUCAGCUUAUGGUAGACCAGAGAUCCUAAAGAAAAAUCACACAAGUCGAUUGAAUUUCCUACACGUAUCAUUGGCAACGGAUAGCAAAUACUUGUAAAUAAGAUCUCUAUCUCUGUGUUAAUUCUUUAGAUCACAACGUUAAGUAAAUCAUAAUAAAAAUAAUCCACACAUA